AUGGACUCUACUCUGGACUUUGUCACUCGCGCUCGUCACGCAUGGCAGGAGUUUCGACGGCCUUCCGAAUUUGACGCAAUGAAUCGACAGAAACAAACAGAAGCCGGCCACGGAGGGGAACGCAAGUCCUCCUUCUGGCACCACCACGACCCAAGCGUGCAAGAUCCAGACGAAAGGACGCCAUUACAGCAAUUUCGUCUCCUCUUAGGCAUCCAUCAAGACAAAUCCUUCAGCCCGCCUCAAGGAUUCAAGCCAAACCGUCGACCGCAGGCUUCUAUUGAUCAUCGUCCGAGUCCGAAUAUGGGCAUCUACACCAGCGUCUGUGACAAGGAGAUCAAGUGCAAGCGGAAUUACACAUCCUUUUCGAGGGUCAUCAACAUUGCUCUAGGCUUGCAGCUCGUUGUUGCAGCGGCACUGACAGCUUUAGGUGCGGCGAAUGGUAGCCGUAGUGCAGUCACAGUCUUCGGCGCCAUCAACACGAUUAUUGCCGGCUUCCUCACUUACCUCAAAGGCUCCGGCCUUCCCAAUCGAGUCAAAUACUUUCAGCACGAGUGGGCAAAGCUACGAGAAUACAUCGAACAACGCGAGCGCGACUUCAGCUUUGGCGUCCUCGGCCGGGACGAUGUGAUGAAGGAGGUCGAUCACAUCCGCACAAUGUAUGAUUUCGUGCGUUCGGACAUUGAGACCAAUACCCCAGAUCGAUUUGUGGGCGUCAACAAUCGUAUGAAUGCGCCAGAGCGACCCGCGAGAACACUUAGCACGGACUCAUUGAGCAAGAGAUGGACGAACGGCUUCAACGAGAAGCAAGCGCAAGCGAACGUCGCUCUGAACCAAGCACAAACAUCCGCUUCUGGCUUUUUCGGCAAGGCGCAGGGUAUUAAAGAGAUGCUAGAACAACAACUUCGCGAUCUUGGACAGAUGGAGAAAGAAAUUGAGUCGCAUGGACAGAAUAUGGCUAAAGAGAAGAAGCAAGGCAUCGCCGCACAAGUCGAGCAUGCGGUUAAGGAAAUCGGGAAUUUUGGGCAGGAGUUGGAAGCGAAGGCUAAGGCUGAGACGCAGCGAGGAGCUCGGAAUGCUUAUGAUGGUGUUCACGAUUAUUCUGUGCAAGCUGCGCGAGAAGAGGCUGCGAGGCAACAGAACUUGGCACAUGAUUAUCUCAAAACUGCGCAGAAUUCUGCGGGUGGCAUAGCUGACGCGGCGAGAGUUGGAGUAGAUCACGCAUAUGAGGGUACCCAGCAUGCGGCGGAAGAUGCGAUGGCACAACAGCAGCAGCAAGUGCAAAAUUCCAUAUCAGAUGCCUCAGAGGCUGGACGUGCUGCGAUCGCUCAACGACAAGAACAGGCGCAAAUGGCGAUCCGGCAGAUUUCUGAUGCUGCUAGAAAUGCUGUUGAUGAGCAACGAGAGGCUGCGGCUGCGGUUGUUGCACCUCGUGAGCAUGAUCCUGGAUCGGGAUCUUUGAGGUGA